CGAUUUUAUUUAGACCACAGAUCUUUUCAAUGUGUACAUUUGUUUGGUUUAAAACAGUUCAUUUCAGAACUUACUUUGAAGGUGUUAUUAUCAGUUCAUUUGAGUCGAACUGUGACUCACGCUGCCACCAUGGAAGAUAGAGGCAACAAAACCAAACGACUACCGGCUUUACCGCCAUGUAAAAUAUGUGGGGAACCCGCUUCCGGGUUUCAUUAUGGACUCAACUCUUGUGGUGCAUGCAAAGGUUUUUUCCUUCGAAGUCUACUGAGACCUGACCCUUACAAAUGUUCAACGGAUGGAAAAUGUCAAGUCGGUCCAGAAAUAAAGCGACGUAAAAUGUGCCAGAAAUGUCGUUUUGACAAAUGUUUACGACUUGGUAUGUCAAAAAAUGCUAUAAAAAUUGGCAGAUAUACUUAUUCAAAGAGAACCCAAGAUACAUUGGAACUGAAUCAGCUGAGAAAUAACACAGCACAAGAUGGUUCAUCCCAAGAAAACCCUCAAGAACUGCCCGAUUCUAUUGAGGAUGUAGUCCUCCAGCAUACUUCUGAUGUUUUCAUGACAUCUAAACCUUCACUUUGUGGUGAAUGUCCUCGUGAAACUUCUAGAGCUUCAAACAGUACAACGUUAGAACGUGAAAACUUGGCUAAACAGGCUCUGUCUUCAGUAGACUCUUUACCACUAGAUUUACUUUCUUUGAAUCCCAACAAAGCAUCUGAUCAAACCAAUUCAAGAAGAACUAACAUAAUGAGUUCAACAAGCAACAAACGGCUGAUGAGUGAAACAGUUGAAAGCCUCUCCAUCCCCUUGCAAGACAUGUCUUCUGUCAAUUGGACGUCAUCUAACAGUACCUUAGCUCCAGCUGAUCCUGAUGAACGCGUUCCUGUCCAAUCAUGUCAACUGGUCAGUCAAAGCUCAAUGCCUAUAUCGCUAAGGCAUGCUCGUCCAGUACAGGCACACUUAGUGCAGCCAAACCACAAACACUAUUGGAUGCAACGGAGCCAAAAAGAACUAGAACAGCCCAUUGAACUGCCUACGAGUUUAUUGAAAGAUCAGAUCUUAAGAAAACUUCAACGUAACCUUCUACAUCAAAAUUGGUCAUCGGAUCACAUCUGGGAAGUGCACCAAGACACCAGAGAGUUACUUCCCCUACAAAGGCAAUCUCCUAAAUUGAUUCAUGACCCCGUUCAUUACAAAGCCAAUGCCGAAGUGUUUAAAUCAGAUGUAGAAAUGGAAGAAGCAAGGAACUAUUCUGUUCACGAGCCUCAGAUAUCUGAUGAGAAGAAAGCAAGUGGAGACAUGGAGUGGACACCUUGGUCUAGUGACUUUACAGAGAGCGAGCUCAAUGAUUGGAUCAAUCUCCUAGUCAGUUAUCACCGUAUGCAUAUCUUUGAUAAUACAUCCUUUGAUACAGAUCAGUUGAAGGCAAGGACAGAUAGUGUCUAUAACAGUCAUAGGCUGCAAGAAACCACAUUCGGUGAAAUGAAAGCUCUAGAUAGAGAAUUAUAUUUUGAGAUCUACAAGUCUACUGGGCUGGAUGUGGAUGGCCGUAGAACUAUAAUGUCCAGUUUUCUUUUAGGAAUCCACAAUGAAAUUGCCACCGUAAUAAAAUUUUUCAAACAAAUUCCAGGAUUUAAACAUUUACCAACAAGUGAUCAAAUUAAAUUAGUCAAAGGAUGUUCCCAUGAAUAUCAUAUUCUUGGCCUUUAUCGGGGCUGGGACAAUACAACAAGAUGUAUGACCUUUGCAACGUUAGGAGAAACAUUGACUGAGCAAGAUUUAAGGAAAGUGUUUCCUGAUGAAGCUCUGAGCGCUCACAUUCAGAUGGUUAUGACUUUACAAAAGUUAAAUCUAAGUUCUGAACAGAUUGUGCUCCUCAAGGCAAUAGUUGCCACAGCGCCAGACCGUGAUAUUCUGGAGGCUGUGGAAGCAGUAACUCACAUUCAUUGGAAGCUAGUCAACUGCUUGUUAUACUUACUGUGUAAGCAAGACCUGUGCCCUGUGAUCAAGUUUGGUCAAAUCAUGUCCGUCCUUACAGAGAUGAGAAGUUACAGUCUCCACAUUCGUGCUUCCUACUCCAACAUUCGCUCAGAUGUCGAGGAACUCACGGGCAAAGUCAGCCUGCCAUUUAUAUAUGAGCUGUUCUUUUAGGGGUAGUUGUUGACAUCUAGUAGCCACACUAAUGCAGAAAGGUAAAGACAAUAUCUAGUAGCCACACUAAUGCAGAAAGGUAAAGACAAUAUCUAGUAGCCACACUAAUGCAGAAAGGUAAAGACAAUAGUAGCCACACUAAUGCAGAAAGGUAAAGACAAUAUCUAGUAGCUACACUAAUGCAGAAAGGUAAAGACAAUAUCUAGUAGUCACACUAAUGCAGAAAGGUAAAGACAAUAGUAGCCACACUAAUGCAGAAAGGUAAAGACAAUAGUAGCCACACUAAUGCAGAAAGGUAAAGACAAUAUCUAGUAGCCACACUAAUGCAGAAAGGUAAAGACAAUAUCUAGUAGCCACUCUAAUGCAGAAAGGUAAAGACAAUAUCUAGUAGCCACACUAAUGCAGAAAGGUUAAGACAAUAUCUAGUAGUCACACUAAUGCAGAAAGGUAAAGACAAUAUCUAGUAGCCACACUAAUGCAGAAAGGUAAAGACAAUAUCUAGUAGCCACACUAAUGCAGAAAGGUAAAGACAAUAUCUAGUAGCCAAUCUAACGCAGAAAGGUAAAGACAAUAUCUAGUAGCCACUCUAACGCAGAAAGGUAAAGACAAUAUCUAGUAGCCACUCUAAUGCAGAAAGGUAAAGACAAUAUCUAGUAGCCACACUAACGCAGUAAGGUAGAGACAAUAUCUAGUAGCCACACUAAUGCAGAAAGGUAAAGACAAUAUCUAGUAGUCCUACUCGCAGCAGGCAUGCAUCUAAUGAGAAGUUGUUGGAUGUACACGGACAUCAAGUGAAGCAAUUUGAAGAAGAUUUGCCUAAAACUUUUAGUCUUUAGUCUAUGCUGGCAGUACAUAUUUGACCAAGUAUUAAAAGUAUUUCAUUGUCAUAGCAGAUCAUGAUAUAAUUAUCCACUAAUGACUCUGUGGGUAUGGUGGGAUUUUAUUUACUAAGUACUUUAUAAACAACAAUCAAAUCUUGUAAAUUGGUGUGUGACAUUUUGAAUAAAAAUAAAUGCAGUAGAAGUCAUUGCUAUGACCUUGCUGGCAAUAGUUA